UCUGCGAAACAAACCGGAGAAAUUCAUAUCCUAGAUAUUCGCUCCAAUGAUACCUCGGCGAACGCGUCUAUCACGGAGGAAAUUGCCAGAGGCUUAGAUGCCCCAGUCAACCUCAAGACUUUACCCACGGUGCUCCUGUACGAUGAGCGUGGCCUAAGAUUAUACGAUAAAAUCACCACCGACGCACCAGAGUACUAUCCGUUUGGCGCAGAGGAGGAGAUCCUCAGAAAACAUGCCUACCACAUCGUGCAGCUCAUGCAUGGUCGUACGGAUGGCGUCGUUCACGGCGAGGUCAUCGUCGAGUUAGGUGCUGGGUCUCUUCGCAAGACAUCCUACAUCUUACGCGCGGCAUCUGAGCUCGUACCCCAACCCUUACCUAUUCCCCCCACAACAUACUUCGCUCUUGAUCUCGAAGAACGCGAGCUGAGACGAACUCUUUCAGAGCUAAACAUGUCCGAACUCGGACCUGCUCUCUCCGGAAAGGUCGAAACGAAGGGGUUACUAGGUACAUAUGAGAGUGGUCUUCGGUUCAUCACAGACGGCGGUCUUCCGACGUUUGACAAAGAAGACGAGUUCCCCUUUCCUGUCCGAGGCUAUGAGAGGUCGACUCGUAAGCGCAAUGGGUCUUCGAGCUCCUCGGAUGCUACUACUGCGGAGACCGGCAUGACGUCCCCAUCUUCCCCAGACCAGCCACCCCUUCAUUUAUUGUUCCUCGGUUCAUCCCUUGGAAAUUUCGCGCCGGGGGAAGAUGCCGAAUUUUUACGUUCUUUCCCAUUGAGGCCUGGUUCCGGAGAUACCUUACUUCUCGGCCUAAGUCAGCACGCGAAACGGGAGGAUAUCGAGCUCGCAUACAACGAUCCCGAGGGCCAUACCAGGGAGUUCAUCAUGAACGGUCUCAAAGCUGCCGGCAACACUUUGGGAGAUCCCUGUCUGUUUGAUCUCGACAACUGGGAGUAUGUCAACAAGUACAACGAAGCAGAACGUGUUCAUGAGGCGUAUUACAAGUGUGUGCGGCCUCACCAAAUCCACAUCCCACAGUCCAAUCAACGUGUACAGUUCUUGGAUGGUGAACUUGUCAAGAUCGAAAUCUCUAGAAAAUACUCAGAGAGUGAUAUCUGCAGGCUGUUUUCCCAGGCACAGCUUCGCUCCAUUCACUGCUGGAUUGACAGCACUGGUCGCCACUCACUCUUCCUUCUUGAGCGUCCACCAUUCAUGUUUCCGCUAUUGCCUGCACCGACUGCAGACUCGGGCGCCUAUAGUCCUUUCAGUAUGCCUAGCACGGGUGAUUGGCAUGCUAUAUGGACUGCGUGGGAUUUUGUAACAUUGCGCAUGAUCCCCUACACAAUGCUCCACCAGAAACCAAUCAAUCUUAGACAUAUCUGCCUUUUCUACUUAGGACAUGUCCCAGCGUUCCUGGAUAUUCAUUUGUCUAGACUGUUGAAGGAACCAAACACAGACCCAGAAGAGUUCAAGUACAUCUUUGAAAGAGGCAUUGAUCCCAACGUUGAUGAUCCUACCAAGUGCCAUGAUCAUUCCGAGGUUCCGCGAAAUGAAGAAGAUUGGCCAUCAUUAGAGAGUAUUCUCUCAUUCCGACUUCGGGUCCGAGCGCGACUCCUCAAACUCUACGACGACAUAUCUUCCGGAAAGAUACCGAUGGCGCGCAACGUCGCUCGUGUGUUGUUCAUGACUUAUGAACAUGAAGGUCUGCACCUGGAGACGUUAUUGUACAUGCUCAUUCAGAGAGCUGGCACGGGGACGAUUCCUCCCCCUGGUUUUGCCCCGCCGGCUUGGGAAUCAUUGUUGGAAAGUUGGAAGCAUGCGCCGAAGCCUAUGUCGGAUACUGUCGUCAUGGACACGACGACUGUCACGAUUGGCAUCGACGAUGUCGAGAGUGAAGACGAAGAUCCUGUCAAAUCUCACGAUGUGGCUGGGCAUACGUUUGGGUGGGACAACGAGAGCCCAGAGCGGAAAGUUGCGGUCGGCGCAUUCAAAAUUGAGUGGCGCCCGAUCACAAACGGGGAGUUCCACGGAUUUUACUGGGGUACUGUUCAAGGCGAAGAUGAUGGGGUCGGAGUCGGCAAGAACAAACUUACCUUCCCGGCUAGUUGGGUCAUGACCGACAAUGGUGAAGUUGAAGUACGGACGUUGUUCGGUCCCGUACCUAUCCAGGUUGCGUGGGAUUGGCCCGUGUUGACCUCGUAUGACAAUCUAUCGGUCUAUGCGAGUGUCAAGGGGGGAAGGAUUCCUACCGAGCCGGAACUGAGAAUUUUCCUUGACAAAUUUGAGUCUGGGUACGAAGGAGGCGCGAAUACAGGGUUCAGGAAUUGGCAUCCUCUUCCGGCGACAAUGGGUCUCGCCAAGGAUGGAGGGAAGGGACAUAAUGGGGGUGUGUGGGAGUGGACGUCUACCGUCCUUGAUAAACACGAGGGUUUUGUAGCGUCCAGCCUCUACCCUGGAUAUACCGCCGACUUUUUCGAUGGGGCCCAUAACAUUGUGCUUGGGGGGUCAUAUGCGACUAUUCCGCGGAUUUCUGAGAGACGGAGCUUCAGGAAUUGGUAUCAACGUAACUAUCCCUAUGCGUGGGUCGGGGCGAGGGUCGUGUACGACUUGGACUGAUGGGGGAUGUGUUCGGCGAAACAGAGACACAGUGAAAUCAGCCGCAGGGGAAUCAAGAAUUGAAGAAUCCGCGUUCGAGGUGCAUAUGUGACUUUCAUUUUGUAUGUGGACAUGAUGUAAUGCAAACUACUUACAAGUUUGUACGUUAUCUACGAAUAAUGGUGUUGGUUAUCUUCGGAGAAGAUUCUGUGUAAAUGGCCAUCAGGAGCUGUCCAUGGACGGAUACUGCAGAACGACGCGGUGGUGGGUAUGUGUGUAGAAAUUGG